AUUAAAAAAAAAAGAGAGGAAGGAAACAAACAAAGAAGCAAGUAAAGUCGGUUUUCUUUUGUGCAUACUAAGAUUAAAAUUUCAAUUUUGAAGGUCGGAGAAUGAGAUUCUGAGUACUUUUUCCCCCUCUGAAUUGGGGUCUCGAUCUGGGUUUCUUAGAACUGGUUGUUUUGUAUUAGAUUUUGACUCUUUUCUAUCAAUUUUUGCUCUUGAAAGAUGGAGCAAUCUAUUUCUCAACACUCAUCCAAUGCUCUAAGAGGGUUUCGAGUUCAAGCUCCAUUGGUUGAUUCGGUAUCUUGCUAUUGUAAAGUGGAUUCUGGAUUGAAGACUGUUGCCGUGGCAAGAAAAUUUGUCCCUGGAUCGAAGCUCUGUAUCCAGCCUGAUAUCAAUCCCAAUGCGCACAAGAGUAGAAGCUCCCGCAGAGAGAGGACUCAAAUCCAGCCACCUCUCCUUCCUGGCCUUCCUGAUGAUCUUGCCAUUGCAUGCCUGAUUCGAGUUCCUCGUACUGAGCACCGAAAAGUCCGCAUAGUUUGCAAGAGAUGGUAUCGCCUUCUGGCUGGUAACUUCUUUUAUUCUCUUAGGAAAAGUCUUGGAAUGGCAGAAGAGUGGGUUUAUAUCUUCAAACGUGAUAGUGAUGGGAAGAUAUCAUGGAAUGCAUUUGAUCCUAUCAAUCAGUUGUGGCAGCCACUUCCUCCAGUUCCAAGGGAGUAUUCUGAGGCCCUUGGUUUUGGUUGUGCUGUUUUAAGUGGUUGCCACCUGUACUUGUUUGGAGGGAAGGAUCGACAAAGGGGUUCAAUGAGACGUGUUAUUUUCUAUAGUGCCCGGACAAACAAGUGGCACAGAGCACCAGAUAUGCUUCGAAAACGUCAUCUAUUUGGUUCCUGUGUAAUAAAUAACUGCCUUUAUGUGGCUGGUGGAGAAUGUGAGGAAAUUCAUAGGACUUUACGAUCCGCUGAAGUUUAUGACCCUAACAAGAACAGAUGGAGUUUUGUUCAAGAUAUGAGCACUGCUAUGGUACCUUUCAUUGGGAUAGUUUGUGAUGGGAAGUGGUUUGUAAAAGGAAUGGGAUCCCAUCAUGAGGUUAUGAGCGAAGCAUACGAUCCUGAAUCUAAUUCCUGGUCUCCUGUUAGUAGUGGAAUGGUUUCUGGUUGGUGCAACCCUAGCAUCUCUUUAAACGGACAGCUCUACGCCCUAGAUUGCCGUGAUGGAUGCAAGCUUAGGUUGUACGAUGGAGCCACUGAUUCAUGGAAUAAAUUCAUUGAUAGUAAGCUUCAUUUAGGGAGUUCUCGAGCCUUGGAGGCUGCUGCCCUUGUUCAUCUCAACGGCAAGCUUUGUAUCGUCCGCAAUAACAAGAGUGUUAGUCUCGUCGAUGUAUCCAGUCCGCACAAACAGGUUGAGAGCAACCCUCAGCUUUGGAAGAACAUUGGUGGCAGAGGUCAUUUGAGGACUCUUUUUACAAAUAUAUGGUCAAGUAUAGCAGGCCGAAGUGGCGUGAGAAGUCAUAUUGUUCAUUGUCAGGUCCUUCAAGUAUGAGGAGGGGGAUUAAGAUUCAAUUAUCCAUGUCGAAAUCUCCUUCCUCAUUUAGGAUCGUCAUGCCUCGGUGUUCGGAUUUCAAAUGUCCAUUCAUUAAUAUCGAUGGUGACCAACCAGGGGAGGGGAUUGAUUAAGAAUGUUCUCGUGAUCGACUCGAAGAAGUGAAACAAUGAAGUCGUCGUCCAAGGGCGGUUUAGAGAUAGAUGUUGAAGACCGGCGGGGACGUCAUCCCAUGAUGCAUUGCAGGUGAGGUGGUUCACCAUUGAUGGGGCUGGUCCUUCACAUUCACGAGGAGAGCAAAUUCUUGUAAAUGGUGAUUUAGGGUUCAAGACUUUUUGUAGCAUGUAUUAAAGCCCU